AUGGGGGAAAGAGUCCCCUGUGCUCAGCCCACGGUGACCAGGCAGGUAGGGCUGCCCGUCCCAACCCCGCCGAAGAGCAGAGGAAAGGGCUCGACCAGCGGUGACCAGAAGGGAGGCUGCCCGUCCCAGCUGAAGCAGGGGAAGAGGUCUACCGACAGUGGCCAGGAGAGGCUGCCCAUCCACGCCGAAGCAGAGGGGAGAGCUCAACCGGUGGUGACAGGAGAUGGCCUGCCCUUCCCAGCCGAAGCAGGGGGAAGAGCUCGACCAGAUGUGGGAGAGAGGCUGCCCUUCCCAGCCCCUGAACCGAAGGGGAGGGGCUCGACCAGCGUUGGCCAGGAGAGGCUGCCCAUUCCAAGCCGAAGCAGGGGGAAGGGCUCGACCAUGUGGGACCAGGAGAGGCUGCCGUACCCAGCCGAAGCGGGGAAGAGCUCGACUGUGGUGGGCCAGGAGAGGCUGCCAUUCCAGCCGAAGCAGGGGGAAGGGCUCGAUCAGUGCAUGACCAGUAAAGCUGCUCAUCCCAGGCCAAAGCAGGGGAGGGGCUCGACCAGCGGUCCCGGCAAGGAGAGGCUGCCCAUCCCAGGGGCCAAAGCAGGCGGAAGAGCCUCGACCAGCGGUGGCGCGGAGAGGCUGCCCGUCCCAGCCAAAGCAGAGGAAAGGGCUCGACCGGCGGUGGCAAGGAGAGGCUGCCCAUCCCAGCCAAAGCAGGCGGAAGAGCUCGACCAGCGGUGGGCAAGGAGAGGGCGCCCGUUUCCAGCCGAAGCAGAGGAAAGGGCUCGACCGGCGGUGGCAAGGAGAGGCUGCCCAUCCCAGCCAAAGCAGGCGGAAGAGCUCGACCAGCGGUGGCAAGGAGAGGCUGACCGUCCCAGCCGAAGCCAGAGGAAAGGGCUCGACGGUGGUGGCAAGGAGAGGCUGCCCGUCCCAGCCAAAGCAGGCGGAAGAGCUCGACCAGCGGUGGCAAGGAGAGGCUGCCCGUCCCAGCCGAAGGAGGGGGAAGGGCUCGACCGGCGGUGGCCAGGAGAGGCUGCCCAUCCCAGCCAAAAGCAGGCCGGAAGAGCUCGACAGCCCCGGUGGCAGGAGAGGCUGCCCCCGUCCAGCCGAAGCAGAGGAAAGGGCUCGACCGGCGGUGGCCAGGAGAGGCUGCCCGUCCCAGCCGAAGCAGAGGAAAGGGCUCGACCAGCGGUGACCAGGAGAGGCUGCCCGUCCCAGCUGAAGCAGGGGGAAGAGGUCUACCGACAGUGGCCAGGAGAGGCUGCCCAUCCCAGCCGAAGCAGAGGGGAGGGCUCAACCGGCGGUGACCAGGAGAGGCUGCCCUCCCAGCCGAAGCAGGGGGAAGAGCUCGACCAGAUGUGGGCAGGAGAGGCUGCCCUUCCCAGCUGA